AGGGCAACCUGGGUAUAACAAAAAUUUUAUUAAUGAUCUUUUUUAAUAAAUUACAUUUUAGGAAAUUAUAUAAAUAUAUUAAAUACAAUUUUUUAUCUCUCUUUCUCUCACUUCCACAAUUUUUCAGCCAGAUCUCUCUUCCUUCUUUUUUCUCAAUCUUACAUUGAUUUCGUUCAGCCAAACUAAUACCGCUGCAACAACAAAACAAUAAAUCAAUACCAAUUCAUUAAAAAAAUACUACCAUUGUACAAAACAUCAAUACCAUUCGAGAAAUAAAGAUACUACCAUUUCACAAAACACCAAUAUCAUUGCAGAUUUAAUCUCUACCAAUGCCAAAAAAUAAAUACCAAUGUGACAAAACCAAUACCAAUGCGACAAAAAUAAUACCAAUGCGACAAAAACAAUACCAAUACGACAACACACUACCACUACGGAAAAAAAUCACUACCAUUUUUUAAAAAAAAAUCACUACGGUAAAAAAUCACUACCAUUUAAAAAAAAACAUACCAAUCCUUAGUGGGGAGAUGACGACAGUCAGUGGGGAGGCUUGGCACGACGUCGAGCCGAGGGAAGAGGCGGCACAGGGCUGCCGAUUUGCAUUGCCGGAGAUGAGGGUGAGCGCGACAGUGUUGGGAUCGCCACCCAUCCGACUGGUGGCUCGCCCGUGGUCGGAGAAAAAGGCGCGGAAGGAGUCGUCGGACAAGCAGGCGACGACGGAUGAAGAAGCGGAGUUGUCGGCGAAGAAAGGCGGCGGCGUCGAUCUCCUCUCUAAACCCAUGUCGCCGCCGAGGAAGAAGCUGACAGACAAGGAGGCGAGAGAGGGCGGUGGCCCUCAGCCUCUCGCAAACCCUAAGCCAUCGUUGGGGAGGGUGAGAGCUUGCGGCUACGAUGGGUUUGUCUGUAGAAGUAGGGUUAGGGUAGAAUAUAUAGAAUAAUCAAGUGUGGUCUUUUUUUUCUUCCAAAAUUACUUUGAGGCGAUCUUAAUCGUAAGAUUAAAAUUAGAGGCAAGAUAAGAAAAUAAAUGGUGGAUACUGAUGUAGCCACGGUGGCUACUAGAAAUCUAGUUACCACUCUAACGCAUUCCUUAUAUAAGGGUAAUAAAUAACUAGAAUAAAUUCAUAUAAAAUGUAUUAAAAGUUGGACACCAUUGUAAAUUAAUAAGAAUAAUAAAAAAUGAAACUGAGUUUGGAUAAAAUUUGCCCGAUCAACUAAUAUGGUUAUUAAAUAGUAUAUUGUAUCCAUGUUCCACCUGUUGUACCCACAAAUAGUGAAUCAAUUAAUAUCCACAAGUAAGUAGGUUAUAUGUUCAUUGUAGUUAUUAAAUCUGGUCAUCUGGAGGGGAAAUGAUUGAGAGAUAGAGGAAUAGAUCCUUAGGAAUGUAAUUCCAAAUUGCAAGGGGGAAGUGCUGAGGUUUCGAAUGAUUAAGAAAAAUAAUAAUGAGAGAGUUUUGUGUAGCUACUAGCUAGCUAGCAAGAUUUAGGCUUGGGAAACAAAAUAUUGAAUGAAGGUCUUUCAAAGUGAUGGUGGAAAAUUGGAGUUUCGUGUUGGGGAGUGGAAAUGAUUGUUUUUCCAAACAUUGGUUUAAAAGAGACGGUUAGGGCCUUAGGGGAGAUCUUCAGAGGUAGUGGUCAGCAGGCUAUUUAGUAUUUACAUGAUAAAUACAUUUAGGACGAGACGAGUAUGGUUACGGUUUCGGGUCGAAUAAUAUGAAAUCUAUACUUAAUUCAUGUCUGGUUAUUUUAUAAUCGAAUUAGUUGAUUUUGUCCACAUCGAUAGGUUUGUAUUCGGCCAUGUAAUUUAUACAGGGGCGGAUCCAAAUAGAGAGUAAGGGUGUCCUGAGACACCUCUACAAUUUUGAAUCGAAAUUAAUAAACUCUUUGCUAGUAGUUUGAGUAUCGAAAAAGAGAGAAAAAUUGAUGACAUAUGUGAUUCGGAUCUAUAUCACAACAGUUAUUAAUGAACAUCUUUUCUCUGUGACUACACUUCAUUUGUUAUUGCAAUUUUGUUGAUAAAUGUCAUUAUAAACGCGUAGCCUUUACCCCCAAAUUUUCCAAAACCUAAAAAUUUAAACCUCAAGAACUACCCUUCCUUAUCCCCACCCUAUUCUAACACACAAUUUUAUCCUGAAAAGUUUGUUCACUUUUCUUAUCAGAAACUCAAAUUUCAAGAACACAAACAUACAAAAGAAAACCUAACAUAAUUUUGAGAAUUAUUACCAUUCUGUUAAAAAUUAUGAGUUAGUUUGUGGACAAAAUUGAAUCUGUAAUAUGACUAAUAUCCAUAUGCUUUUUUCUCAUCAAAGUUGUAGUGAUUUUACUGGUUGCAAUUCUUAUUGUUGAAAGAGUUUUUUCAGCUUUGCGUUACAUCAUAAACAAGUUUUCGAAUCGAAUAAUUAAUGUUCAGUUUGUAAAUAAUUGUCUAUCAGAACAUAUUGAUAAAAAAAUUUAUUUAACACUAUAAACGGUGAGUUUAUUUUUAUCAACUCUAUUCCGCUUCGCUGAUCAGACGAGCACAAAACUAAUUUGUAUUAUUGACUUCGAAAAUCUGGGCUGAAGAACCACGAUAAAAUCCAAUGGAGGAC